AUGACCUCGUCGAAGCUACCCCCUCCACACGUCCGAGCCUGGUAUUUCUACUCGUUCGCCGCAGAGGUUUUCUCAGCGUGCGCCCUGGCCAUCUUCUUACCUAUAACUCUAGAACAACUGGCGAAAGAAAUAGGAUAUUAUGCUCCUGAUUACACCGAGCCUUGUAACAUAGCCAGUGAGGCAGACAAUGGAGAUGAGAGAAUAUGUAAAGCGCAUAUUUUGGGGGCUUGGGUAGAUCCUGCAUCAUUUAGUAUGUACGUCAAGUCUGUAGCUGUGGCUGUACAGGCGAUUUGCAUCAUAUCUAUAGGUCCAUUGGCGGAUUCUCCAUACUGGCGCAAACGUCUCCUAUUCAUCUUGACAUACACCGGAUCAUUUUCAGCUAUCCUAUUCAUCCUGUUCCCUUCCACUUCUAGCGCUCCGUUAGUUCUUCUCGCGGGUCUCCUCUUCAUCGUAGGCAACACGACCUAUUCUAUCGGCACAGUAUGCAGUAACGCCUUCUUGCCUGUCUUAGCAAGAGAAGACGACGACGUGCAAAAGGCUCUACAAGAGGCCAACGUUGUUCGAUCCGAGGAUGAAGAUCUAGACGAUAUGGCCGGAUAUAGAAGAGCAAGUUUAGAUCAAGAAGCGAAUAAUGUCAUUCCCAGUGGAUUGGGUCCAGCAGUCCGAGCACUCUCAGCUGAAGAUCUGGCAGAAUCCGAUCCUAUUGGUACCACCUCGUUGCCAAAGUCUAUGGGAAGAAAAACGCAUUAUGAGACAUUAUUAUCCCUGACCAUCUCGAGAUUAUCUUCAGUCGGUACAGCUCUAGGAUUUUUAUCGGGUGUAUCUGCACUGGCAUUACUCCUCGUACCGGUCAUACUGCUGAAAGGAAGUACUUUCUCGCUGAGACUUGCAAUCGCUCUGAGCGGGAUUUGGUGGGCGGUCUUUACGAUACCAAGUUGGAUUGGAUUACCUUCUGGAACUAAGGAAGAUGCUAACAGGACAGAGAAGAAGAGUUUCAGAGACGCAUGGAAAAGGAUUGGGAAUAUGAUUAGACCAAAGGAAAUAAGGAGUUUGCCGAAUUUGUAUUUGUUCUUGUUCGCUUGGAUAUUCUUAUCUGACGGAUUUCACACUAUCACCUACACCUCGAUAUUAUUCUGUAAAAGCGUGCUAUCAUUCUCACCUUCCGAGAUUAUCUUUAUCGGUAUCCUAGUUCAAUUCGCAGCUAUUACGUCUUCCAUAACAGUACCGAAAUUACAACAUCGUCUGACCAAGACCAAUCUCAAGAUUUUGUUUAUGGCUGUGUUGGCAGGUGGAUUGAUACCUAUAUGUGCCUGUGUGGGGUUGAUACUGGGCUUGAGGGUUCUAAGCACUAAAGGCGAAAUGUAUGUUUUAGCUACUUGGUUCGGUCUGGUAUUUGGUCCUUUCUUAAGUUAUUCGAGAGCAGUCUACACCGAACUAAUCCCACCUGGUCACGAAUCCACCUUCUUCUCCUUAUUCGCAUUUACCGACAAAUCAGCUUCCUUUGUCGGUCCAGCCGUUGUAGGGUUGAUUGCAGAUCUUACUGGUAAUUUACGAUACGGAUUUAUAUUCUUGUUGAUCAUGUUGACUGUACCUAUACCUGUGUUGCUGAGAGUCAGUGUUGGAAAAGGUAAAGAAGAUGCUCAGAAGUGGAGCGAAAGUAAAUUAGCAGUGAGGGAAGACAAUGAGGAGAUUACUGGAUUGCUAGGUUCUUCCUGA